UUCCAAUUCGAAUAUGUAGGUAGUUUGACCAAAAAGGUAAAAUUACAAAGCCUUUAACACAAACUCAAAACCAGAGUCUACUACAUUAGAAAUUUUCACAAUUACAAUUCUCCGGCGAAUCCAACGUUUCCGGCACAAUUCUCCACUAUAUUGACGGCGAUAUACCCUUAUACGGCGUUUCGUGGUUACAAUUUGUAACCUAACUACUCAUCGUCUACCCAAUUCAAACCAGUCAGGUUUCCGUACAGUAGUAAAAUCACAAUUCCUCUCUGUAACAACGAUCUCAACGACUUCAACGAGACACGUUACUAUUCCAAUCCAUUUUUCCGACGCCGGCAACUGAAUCAGAAUCGGAAAACUCUAGAGACAUAUGGUUGAUUGGAGUGGCGAUGCACCGGCAGGGCUCGUCUCCGAUUACGCCUUCAAACUAUAACGCCGCCGUUUCAAUUGCUUCUGAUGUACCUACUGGUUUAACCAAGUCUCCUUUAUCUCACGCGAUUCCAGUUUCGCCGAUUUCUGCUGCUUACCCUUCCGGUGAUCCUAUUUUGAUGAUGUCUGGGACUCCUCUCGCUAGGGUUCGAUUAUCUGAAAUUUUGCCUUAUGAAGGAGCUCCUUCUCCGGUGUAUGCAAAAGCUGUGGAGGCUUUGUCUGUGUCUUUGAUGAGGUAUAAUGCGUCUGUGAUCGAGAUAGGGAGUGAAGACACUGCACUGAUGCGAUGUGGCCUUGAAGCUGCUCGUUUGUAUUUUAGAACUAGAAGCCUUACUGUUUCUGGUAAAGGCAAUCGUGGCCUCUCUAUGUAUAGAGCCGGAAGGUCUGUUGAAGAUUUAGAUUCUUCACCUCCAUGCAUGGCUGAGAUUUUCAGGUGUUUGGGUAAAGUAGCACGAGCUGCUUUAUCUGCAAUAGCAAGGCAUCUACGUUUAAGAAGCGAUGUUUUUAACCAUAUGCUUGAUGACUUUCCACUAGCUCCGAACGAGGUUUCCUCCUCGGUGCUACUGGCUUCCUAUGCUCAUGCAUCGAUACAAAAUGGAAAACAUGCUUCUGGAGGUGGGAACCUAUCUGCUAAGAUUGAAGUUGAGAAGGGUUUGUUGACACUGUUCUGCUCAGAUGGCACUGGCAUUCAGGUAUGUGACCCAAAUGGUCGUUGGUACACAGCAGAUAAUGGAUGUGGGGUGGGUGAUCUCUUACUGAUUACCGGCAAAGCGCUUAGUCAUGCUACUGCAGGUCUCCGUCCAGCUGCCUCUUACAGAACUACUACCGAUCAUUUGUCUGCCACUGACACUCGAGGAAGGGCAUCAUUAGCUUUUAGGCUUAUGCCGAAAAGUAAUGCUAUAUUAGAUUGUUCCCCAAUAGAAGCAGCCGGCCAUGUAAUUCCUCAAAGCUAUGUGCCAGUAUCUGUUAGUCAGUUUAUGGAUAACCUCUUAGCCGAGAAUGACACUCUAGUUAAUCCGCCUGUGAAAACCAAUGUUCCACGGGAUGAUGUUUGCAAAGAGCCUUCCUUAAGAAGUGUUCUCUCGGAUCCAAUUUCUGGUGCUUUUCUUGAAGAUGCAAUGGUUGUCUCUUGUGGACAUUCAUUUGGUGGCCUUAUGCUUAGAAGAGUCCUUGAAAUGUCUAGAUGUACGCUCUGCAAUACAGAGAUCGAGUCUGGGUCUCUGGUUCCUAACCAUGCACUUAGAGCUGCCGCUUCAGCUAUCAAGCAACAGGAUGAUAAACGACUUUUCCACAACGCAGCCAUGAGAAGGCGUAGAAAAGAAAUGAGUGAUCAAAUGGAUGUGGAAAAUGGAGAUCCAGCUACGGAUGAUGGUAUGCAUCGAGUGGUGCAUUAUCCAUUUGCUGUAAAUGAGAAAGUUCUUAUCAAGGGAAACCGGCGAACUCCAGAAAAGUUUGUUGGAAAAGAAGCAAUCGUGACAUCUCAGUGUCUCAAUGGCUGGUAUCUAUUAAAGAUUGUCGAAAGCGGAGACAAUGUACGGCUGCAAUACCGAUCCCUAAAAAAGAUGGUGAACGAUGACAGAGGAGGAGGCCUACAGGCUCAACCGGUUGAGAGCAAUAGCUUGUAGAAUGUAAUCAUAUUUAACCCUUUUCUUUUCUUCUUAUUCUGUAUCUCUAGAGCUAGAGAGAAAAGAAAAGAUAAUGUGGUUUGGGGUUUUGAGAUUCUGCAUAAAUUUAAAUCGUUUGGUUAGAAAAAGAAAGUAGUGGAAGACUAUUAUUGUAAACUAUAUUAGCCUCCUAAGUAUUAGAGGUUUUGUACAGAACAAAAUGUUAGAAAAGAAAAAACAACUGUGUUACUCUUGUUGAUGUGCUUCCUACAGAGCAAAUUGCUUUCCAAUACGAUACGGAAUUUUGCA